AUGGCAACUCGUCGGGGUCAAGACUCUACUGCAGACCCUGAUGAUGCGGUGGAGGAUCCGGAAGAGGAUCCGGAUGACCCAGUGGACAUGGUUGCGUUCAACGCAUGGUUGGACUCCAGAACGGCGGAGGUGAGCCCCAAGAGUUCUGAGGUGUUUACCCUUCACUGCUCAGGCGAGCGGCUUGCACAAAUCCGCGCUCUGAUUGCUGAGAAGAAGCAGCAGCUUCAGCAGAAGGGAGAGCUUGAGAAGUCACGUCCUGAGGUUCUCACUCGGCGGGAUCAGCUGAGAAUGAAAGAGAAGCUGGCAGAUGAAAAGAAAAUCAAAGCUGUGGAGAAGAAGCUCGAUGGUGCGACUGAACAUGAUGAUGAUGAAGAAAAGGGGGGUGACGUUGCUGCCCCCAAAGCCAAGGCAAAAGGGAAGGCCAAGGCCAAAGUGGAAAAGAAUGCUCAGGGGUCAAAGAAGCGUGCAAAGAAUGAUGAUGAUGAGGCACCUAGCACCCCGAAGAAGAAGCUCUUCCAGUCUGACGACGAGGAUGGAAAUCAGGACCUCAAAAGUGAGAGUCCGACUCUCUACCUCGACCCCAUGACUGGAGAGGCAAAAACCUUGGACCAGAUCUUGGAGGGCUAUGUUCCCAAAAAGCAUGAAAAGUCCAAGCCCCAACCUUCAAGGAAGAAGAAUGCUCAAAUUGAGGAAGAGAUGGCAAAGGCCUCAAAGGAGGUCAAGGCCAUGAAGCCGGAUGCGAAAGUGAUGCCAGAACAGGCCAUGAAGUCCAGGUCCAAAUUGAAUGCGGCGCAGAAGCCCAAGGCCAAGGCAAAGGCAAAGGGAACAAACAAAAGAAAGGCGGCUGAGGAAGAUGAGCCUGAAGCUAUGGAGGUGGAAGUGGAAGACUCAGAUGAUGAACAUCCGCUUGAGGAUGAGGAAUUGUGUGAAAGUGAGAAGGUUGAUGAUGAAGAGUUGGAGGGUGGAAGGACCGCAAAGCCGAAGGACACUAUGAUGCAAGCCAUCUUCAUGACCCACCUCAAGAGGACCGAGAACCUUCAUGAGGAAGAGACUAAGGACUACCUCAAAUGCAAGGUCGGGGACAACUUUGACAUGGUGGCCUUUUCCAACUACUGGAAGGACAAGGCUGGGCUGAGCUGGGUCGAGUUCUUUGCUGGCAAGGCGGAGGCAUCGAGGAUGUUUCAAUGGGCGGGUCAUCGCACAGCCAAGCUCGAUAUUGACUAUAUGCGUGACUACAAUGGACAUGUCAACCCGAUGGAUCUCACCACAGAAGUGGGUAUGGCGGCAGCCAUUGCUGUGGUUCUGCAUGGAGAUUUCACAAAUGGCUGGCUUUGCCAUUUUGGACUUAAAUGUUCAUCGUGGACUGCGGUGAACCAGGGCACAAGUGGGCGUAGCGCGUGCUGCUCCAUUGGCAUUGUUGAAUACCAAUCUGUCCGCGAAGCCAACCUACUUGCUUCACGGAUGAUCCUAUUGAUGAUGCUGGUUAUCUGCUUGAAUGGCACCAUCAUGCUAGAGCAGCCCAUCUCUUCUUUCUUUGAGUUCUAUCCCCGAUGGAGAGAUUUGGUGCAACAAAUUCAGAAGCAUGGGGGUCGGCAUGCCGUUCACAAAACCUGUUGGUGGAUGAUACACUACGGAGGCAAAAGCCCGAAAAGGCAUUAUGCCUUUGCCAACAGUGUCCAUAUUCGUGGGCUGUUUGCUGGGAAGCUCAUGGGGUGGGUCAAACAUAAAGAAGAGAAAGAACGGGACGGCAAGAAGGUGGGAUUGGUAGACAAAUACGUGGACAAGAAUGGUGUCAAAAGGUGGAAGGGAAACAAAAACCUACGUUCCAGUGAGAACUAUCCUCGGAAAUUUGGAAUUCGAUUGGUGUCUCUAUGGAAACGUAUGAUAACUGAGAAGCAAGGUAUGCCGAUUUUGCCACCGGUGCGAGAUUCGGCCAGCGAAGUGUUUGCCAGUCUCCGCUACGAUGACAUGUGGCAGGAGGAAAAAGCCUUGGCUGAACUGCGUGACACACCACAGCAGCAAGCCUCUUGGGUUGCCACACCACAACAUCGGGCUAUCCCGAAAGCGAUGGAGAAGCCGGAUGAUGAUGUCCUCGUUGCAGACCGUGUGCUAGGCAUGUGGAAGGACGGGUUGCUUGAUUCGGACACAGCUGCCCAAAUCCUUGGGCAAGCAGCCUUGGAUAUGGCCAGCCCUGCAGCUGCACCAUCGAGUGCAUCUGCACCAGAUGUCCUUGAUGCUCGAAAGCGUGCCCAUAUCGAAAUUGAAAAGGUUGCAGAGGACCAGGAACAGGAUGAUUUGGACAAGGUCUUUGAAGAUGCCAAGCGGCACAAGCUGGAUUCUAGGGAAUGCAAAUAUGGUUCCGGGGCUGAGUACUACGUGGAGGCUUGCCGUGCCAAAGACACCUUCCAGAAGCACAUCGAUGGUGUCCUCCAGAAGAUCAGCAAGCUUCGAUCCUUGGUGGCGGACUUGCAAAAGAACUAUGUCGCAGAGGGAGCGCCCCAUUUGUCCAUCAAAGCUAUCAAUGUGGACUUGGAGGCCCUUGACAAGGACUAUACCAUACUGAGUGAUCACAUGGCCAAGGGUGAGAGGGACAACUUCAAUGAAGCGUGGAACAAGGAGACUGAAGCUGUGAUGAAGGCUUCGACUUUCACGUGUUCCAAGAUCCUGCAGAAUGAGGCCAAGAUUCGGCUCGGCGCUCAAGUACAGCUGGAGCAACUUCGAAGCGCUUUGCUGCCAACGUUGGCCAAGGAGCCGCAAACUCAGACAUACUCGUACCAUUGCACCGCCAGCUGCAAGAGCCAGAUCCUGACAGCGAAGGCUGUUGUUGAGGAUGUUGGAGACGUUCCGGCAGCCAAGUGCGGGAUGGAUCAUUGGUCCAACUGCUCACUGAAAAAUUCAGAGCGAGAUGCUCAGAAGGUGAUGACAAUUCAAAAGUCAAAGUUGGAUGUUCCUGUGAGCCAUCUUGUUUUCAAUGGUACAUCGAUCCCAUGGAUUGAUCCCCGGGAUUGGGCCCGAUGGAUUCUGAGAAUGGGUCUUUGGCCUACCCUUUCAGGGGCACCACGCAAUGACUAUGUUUCAUCUGAGGGGAUUUGGAGACAAUUUUGGAAGCAGUACAGGGAGCUAUGCCCAGACUUCUCUUUAUUCAGGAUGGAGGGUAUAGAUCUUGCGAAGACUGCUGGCAUUUGUCUUCAUGGCGAUGAAGGGACAAGCCUCAAGCGUCAGGGAAUAAUGGUGUGCAAUUGGCAAAGCAUUCUUGGUCGAGGUUUUGACGACAAACGGGUGCCCAGGGUGGAUGACCGAGGCGUGUGGCAAAUGAGGGUAAACUUCACAGGGCAUACGCACACGCACCGGCUGCUACUUGUGUGCAUGCCCAAGAAGUUGUAUGAGGCCGACUCCUCCGUUUUCCAUUUUGUGAUGGAACAGAUUUCAUUGGCAUUCAAAGACUUGCUUACCUCUGGGAUUCAAGAUCCAGUGACAAAAGAAGUUCUCAGAUUCGCUGUGAUUUGUGCCAAAGGGGAUGCUCCAUUCCUGAGCAAGCUGGGGACCUUGUUCCGGUCAUUCAAUUCAUUUGCGAAACGCGGUGAUGCGCGCCGCCCCCCAAAGGGAGUAUGCCAUCGAUGCUUAGCUGGCACGACUGGCUUUCCAGCUGAGGAGCUUUCAACGAGGCACCCACGCUGGCUAGACACCAGGGGCGUCAAAAUGCCUUGGGUUCAAACCCCAGCAGUGAUCCUACACUUGCCGCAUGAUGAACAUGACCCAAGUUCCUUCUUCGCCUCAGACUGUUUUCACAUUUUUCAUCUUGGUGUUGGCAAAUCCUGGAUUUCUUCGGUGGUGAUGUUACUUCUUGAAGUCUUGCCUGGAUCGAAUAUCGAUGCACAGUAUGAUUACUUGUCAAGCAGCUACCUUCACUGGUGCAAAAGAAACAAGCAGCAAUCGCAUGUGCAUGCGUUGACGCAACACCUGAUGAGUCACAAUGACUACACAGGUCUGACAGGAAACUGGCACAAGGGGGCUCUCACGACCAGCCUGAUGCGUUUUUUGACAGACUUCAUCCCGCAGCUUCAGGUGGACCAAAGACAGUUGUUGCCCGAGUGCCUGCAAGCAAGCAAGGCUGUUAACCAGAUGUAUUCUGUUAUGUUCCGCGCUGCUGCAUUUUUGACAAAGGAAGAGUGUACAAAGGUGGCUGACGCUGGUUUUCUUUUCCUGGCUACGUAUGCCAAGAUGGCAUUGAUCCAGUACCAUGUGGGCAAACCUCAUGCGUUUCCACUCUACCCGAAACUCCACGCACUGGCAGAAAUCCUUUGCACAGUCCACUAUGACUCUUUGAGAGUGGGUUAUGCUCUAAAUCCCAUUUGUCACUCAUGUCAAAUGGAUGAGGAUUCGACUGGAAGGACAGCACGAUUGUCUCGGCAUGUGAACUCACGCAGAGUGAUGGCACGAACCAUCGAUCGGUGGUUGGUGGGUGCAUGCGCAGCCUUCAGAGAUGCCGGACUUAUCAUUUAG